CUAGGGGCGCUAUAGACACUACAGUGAAACUGUUAUGAGUCCGGAGUUUAAACGAAGAACACAAGCAACACUUUGCUGAUUGUCUUUGAAUCAAAUACAACCAAAAGGUUAAUUUAUGUAGGUAGGAAUUGUUUGUGCAAGUGUAGAAGCAGAGCAGUAGAUUCAAUUCAAGUAGAUUCACAUUACAUUACUGGAGCAUAUUAUUUUUCGCACUGUACCAUUCAUCAUGCUGUCAGAGGUGUUCCAGGGACCGGAAAUGGGAGAAUUCAUUAUAAUUCGAGACACAGCUUGUUAUUCUGGACGACGCCUGCUUAAAUAUUACAUAAACAGCGCCUUAAAGAGGGAGGAAUCGGUCCACGUUUUGGGGUUUGAUGUACCCGAGCAUGAAUUGCGCGCAAAAUUGGACAGCAGUCACCUGCAUUUGCUUCACUUUCAUAAUGCACACAUCGACCCGCUUGGCUGGACCAAGCAGUCGUCGUUCACAGUGAAACAUUUCAGCGCAACAGAAAUCACACGCCGACUUCAGGAGACACAAGAUGCCAAAGCUUCUAUACUCGUCAUUGACUCAUUAUCUUGGGUUUUAAGACAUCAUGACACGGUUACUGUCUGUCAAGAACUUCAGAAGCUCAGGAAAGGUGGCUCUGUAAGGAUGCUUUCUCUCCUACACAUGGAUAUUCACCAGCAAGGAAUUGUGGAAUGUUUAACCCACUUAGCAAGCACUGUCAUUUCUGUUAGACCUGUUAACAAUACACGGUAUGCUGUGGCCACAACAUCACAUCGUAAAAAAUCUAGAAAAGUGAUGCAGAAGGAGGAGUUUUUCAGUUUAACAGAGGACUUAAAACUAUCAACAGAGAUUAAACCAAACCAAACUGGAAAUGUUCAGGCAGACUUACACACCAAGUCUGAGAUGGAUCCAACAUCAAAUUUGACCUUUAAUCUUUGUUUAUCUGAGGUUGAAAGAGCAGAAAAGGAAAAGGUUGCUCUACCCUUUGUCUUCAGUGAAGAAAAAAAGUCUUCUCUACUGAGGCCAGGCCGGGGUUCUGGGCGAAUCAUGUAUGAACCCGAUUCCAAUGAUGAUAUAGAUGACGAAGACCCAGAUGAUGACCUUGAUGUUUAAAAGGUCCCCCUUAGCCCAUUGAUGGAGACUUUCUGGGUUCUGCACACCGAUAUUGAAUAAAAAAUAAACUCAAUUUAAAUGUGCGGUCUAAA